AUGGCAACGACAUCAUCGUCAGAUAUAGUGGUCGAUGCAAGAUGUGAGAUAGCAGGAAAAACGGGAACAAUUCGGUUUGUGGGCAGUACCGACUUUGCACUUGGUAAAUGGGUCGGUGUUGAGCUAGAUGAUCCAUCAGGAAAGAACAACGGUUCUGUUAAUAGCAAACAUUACUUUGAUUGUAAACCAAAUCAUGGAGUUUUUGUUAGACCUUCACAAGUAAAGAUACCACCUAGCUCUUCAAUUCCAUCUAAUUCAAUUCCUCAGCCUCGAAAUCCGUCAACACCAACAAGUUUUGCGCCACCGAAUUCAACUGAUGGUGCUCCUUUAAGACAGCGUCCUGCUUCAAUGAUUUUUCCAUCGAAUAGAAAUAGUACUUCUGGGAUACCUAAUAUUAAUAGGUUAUCAAGGGGACCAGGUCAAUUUGGACGCGGACCAAACAGUCCCACAUUUCAAAGAAGACCACGUGGAUAUUCUGAUGCCAGUAACCCAGAUCAAAAAAAGCUUGAUUUUGACUCAGUAUAUUUCAAUAACCAAGAUAUAAGCGAGGAUUAUGCUGAUGAUGAAAAUAUUGAUGAAUAUGAACCUGGAGCUUCAGCACCCAGAAGUGAUACGCCAAAAUAUUUAGAAACCCCAAGGCAUGAAACUGCUAAUGCUCCAGAUCCAUUUUCUUUACAGGAAGCACGAGAACAAGGGACUGUUUCUCAAAAAGAGUAUGACGAGCUGAGAAUGAAACUUAAAAUACUGGAGAAUAAACGCCAAGAAGAUAGGGAGAGAAUCCGUGAAACUGAUAAAAUGAGAGCUGACGCAGAACAAAUAUUGAGUAUCAAACCAAAACUUCAAGCGAAAAUGGCUGAAAUGCAACUAGAAUUACGUGAUCUUAGGAAGCAAUUGAAAGAAAUUAAUUCAGAGAAAGAAGCUUUUGAGGGUAAAUAUAACGAAGCUGCUGAGUCCAUGGAGAUAAUGGCUAUUGAUAAAGAAGUGGCUGAAGAAAAAGCUGAUCAGUUACAACAAGAGGUUAAUAUGUUGAAAGAAAAGAUUGAAGAAAUUAGUGUAGAUUUAACUGUGUUUAAAAAACAUGAGAGCGGACUCAGUGAUGAAACGAGAUCAGCUAUUGAAUUCGCUCAACUUGAGAAACAAAAUGAACGACUUAAAGAAGCUCUCUUCAGGCUCCGUGAGGUUACAAGCGAAUCGGAAGCUGAACUAAAUAAAAAGCUUAAGAGUUUAGAAAAAGAAUUGUCAUCUCUUCAAGAUAUUCAAAUGCAACGCGAUCAAAUGAAAAACCAAUUGGAUGCUGCUGAAAUUGCCAUUGAAGAUUUAAAGAGCCAGUUAGAUGAUGUCAUGCAUAAUGCAGAUAUGCUUGAACAACUUACUCAAACAAAUCUGAUGCAAGGAGAGCAAAUUGAAGAAAUGAAAAAUACCAUUGAAGAUCUUGAAGCCCUAAAAGAAUUAAAUGAUGAACUUGAAGAAUCUCAUAUUGAAAAUGAGAAACAGCUUCAGGAAGAAAUUGAUCGCAAAGAUAUGCAAAUUCGUGAAUAUAAAAGACGUAUCGAGUCAACAGAUGAAGCAAAUGCAGAUUAUGAAAACACGAUCUCCAAUUUCCGUGAACUUGUUGCUACAUUGCAAAGUGAUUUGGAACAGUUCCGUCGAAAAGAAGAAAAUCAAAAUUCAGGAACAGAAAAUCUUGGCAGUGAAUCUCAAAAAAUGCAUGAUCUAAGAAUUAAAUUAAGUACUACUGAACUUAAAAAUCAAGCAAAACAAAUUGAUCUGGAACUUCGAAAAUUGGAUGCCAUGCAAGCGACUGAAAAUUUGGAAUAUGUUCAGAUUGAUCAGAAGCAUAAUAUUGCAGAAAAAUUAAACACUGCUGUUCCAGAACAAUUAAUUGCAGUCUGUGAUCUACGACAAAAAUUAGCGUGGUUUUCUAGUUUGUCUCAGCGCUUUGUUACUUUCAUAAACGGUUGCCCAGUUGAAACCUUUUUAAAGAUGGGUCAAGUCUAUCAUGAUCUUAUUGGAACGGAGCGUCGUAUAAAUUCAAUCGUGGAUUUGUUGAAAAAAGAAGAACUAAAAGAAUCUGAAAAUAUUGAAGUUGUUCAAAGAUCAAUAGCGCAAUUAGAACACUUGGCAGAAAUAUAUCUUUCCAACACUAAAUUAGAUGAGGCUGAUAAACAUUAUUCUUGUGCUAGAGCAUUGGAUUUCAAUUCUGAUACUAUUGCAGUGACUCUUGGUCAUUUAAAACAAGCUGUUGCGACAGCAUGCAAAGAUGAAGAAAUUAUUGUAUCCGAUAACUCUGAAGAAUUUCAUUCUGAAUUUUUCCAACCUUUGCAAGCAUUAGUAACACAAUCUCGGAAUAGUAAAGUCAUGGUCAGGAAAUUGCAUCUUCGUCUUGAUGAAUUGUCCGGAAAAUCUUCCUCUUUGAAAUUCGAUAUUUUGGCACAAUUUAAGAUGUGUCACUCAUUAAGCACGAAAUUAACAAAUUUCUGUUUUGAGGUUUGGAAGGGUGUUUCGGAUUAUAUUAAUGGAAAGAAGGGCACAAAAGAUGAAUUAAAACUUGCUGGGCUUCAGCAAAUUAUUUAUACUGCCACUGAAAGUAUUUUGAGUGUCAACGAAAUGAAGAUGUGGGAAGGGUGUACAAAAUCUUUGCAAAAUUUAUGUCAAGAAAUAGGCAAUCUGAAUAAUGUUGUUAACGAUCCUGAUAAUUCGGAAAAUGUAUCUAAACACGAAGCUCCGUGGAUUAUACGGUCCAAAGAAUUAAAAGCUGAAGUUAUUAUAAACGUCGAUAUGGAACGUAAAUUACAACAGUCUAGCGAAAAAAUUCAAGAAUUAUUUAAAGAAAUGAAAUUAAAGGACCAAGCUUUGCAAGAAGCAGGUGUUAAAAUCGGAUUACUAGAGAGGCGUGUGGAAAUUGUUAAGCAGCAGGCUGACAGGAUUAAUUCUUUAGAACAAGAACUUGCUAAUAAAAACAAACAAGAAUCAGAAUUUGAGGAGGUUAUGGGCAAAUUACAUCACGAUCUCGAAAAUUUGGCACAUCAACAUCAACAAUCUUCUACUCUGAUUGCUAAUCUUGAUGGAAAAGAAUUACAAUCCGAACAACCUAUCCGUCCUCAUGAGGAAGAUGAUCUUGGUAGUGAUGGCAUGGGAAUAAUAUCAGAAGCUAGUCCUUUAGAAACGCAGCAUUUAACUAGUCAGAUCGAGUCCUUAAAACUCGCGGUCCGCUAUUUAAGAGCAGAGAAUUCUCAUCUGAAAGGAAAGGAAGCUUUGAGCGUGUUGAAUUGGCAUCUACAACCUAAGAGAUCUCGCAGUAUUCAAAAUCAAAAUAAUAGUGAAGAGUUAUCGAAUAUUGCACAGGAAGCAAAAUCAUUGCUUAAAGACUUCCGUUCCAAUAGUUCAUCGCCUCGUGUUGUUCGUAUUACAAAAACAUUAGAAGACAAGAAGAAAUGGCAGUCGAUAAAGAAAACACCAAUUUAUCAAUAUCAAAUACAACAAUCUGUUAUGUACACACUACAAAAACGAAGCAACGACUUGAAGUCAAAACUACAACAGUUGGGCAAGAUGAACCUGCAAAAGUCUCAGAAACCUUCAAAGAACGGUAUUGUAGAUACACGACCUUCUUUUGUUGGACGAAUACGACUUCCGCUUUUAGACACGCCCAACAAUACGCAUUCACAUAAUAUUAAUAUUAAAAAUCC